UAGCUUCGAAAUAACACUCUAUCUGAGUAAGCAUGAACGAAAGCACUAAUCGAUAGAUUCAGUCAAUUGAUUGGUAGAUUUUCCGAUGGUGACUUUGUGGUACAGUACAUCAAUUAUUGAUGUUAUCAUAUGUUUCCAUUCCACGGCUGUUACUGCGUGUGUCGGGUUUCUUGCUAAAUAGGAUAAUAAUAGUGUAUGCAGAGCAACCGGGGGGUGUUUAAACUGAUGUCGUACAACCAGUUACCAGGUAUUUACUCGACAGAUAAUAAACAGAUUAGGUAGCAUGGGUUUUAAGCGUAGCGUUUGCGGUAAAUUUCUACUAGCCUAUGUUUUCAUAACCACCGGAAUGGCAGUCAACGUUCUACAACUGAUGACGUCACCAUUGGGCUGGCUAGGAUUACGUCAUCAAAAAAGAGAGAUCGUUGCUAAAUUGACGUAUCUACAUUGGAUACUAAUUCCUGCGAUCGCUCAGUGGUGGUCUGACAUUGAGGUCUCUGUGACGUCACACCCAGACGACGCGGCCAAGUUUGGAAAGGAAAACGCCAUCGUUUUGUUGAAUCACAAAUGUCAAUUGGAUUGGGUUAUCACGUGGGUUGUGGCAAACUGUUUCGGAGUUAUGCAGCAAAUAAAAGCAGUCGCCAAAAAAAGCCUAAUGUACAUUCCCAUCGUCGGUUGGGCGUUUUGGUUCAACGAUUUCGUUCUUAUCAGAAGAAAUUUAGAAGCUGACCGACCGAUUUUCAAAAAAAGUUUCGAAUUAUUUUCGAGCAUUACUUCAAAAUUUUGGCUUCUUACGUUUCUUGAGGGCACUCGCUUCACAACAGAAAAACAUAGACUUGGAGUUAAGUACGCACUGGAAAACGGACUCGAACCUUUAAAACACCAUCUUGUUCCCAGGACAAAAGGAUUUGCGCUCAUGACGCAAGGACUAAGAGACACCGUACCUGCAGUGUACGAUGCAACGUUAUGUUUUCGAGACCAGCAGAAUCCUACGCUAGUUGAUUACGUCAGCGGAGGCUCAUACCAUGCUGACAUCAUCAUCCGGCGAAUACCCAUGGAAUGCAUACCCGCAGAUGAACUGGCCUGUUCAGAGUUCGUACACAAUGUAUUCAAGGAAAAGGAUGAUUUUGUUGAGUUCCAUCAGAAAAAUAAUGCAUUUCCAAUCAAUACUACGAUACUAGAAGGUUACGUUACGAAAAAACUGCAUAAAAGUCGCAUUGCGUUCUACGUUGGCCUGGCUUGGUCAUUUUUACAAAUCGUUCCUUUAUUGUAUUUCAUUCUUCUCGGCCUUUUUACUGGGACUUGGCUACAAAUUAUUUUUACAGUCACAAUUAUUGCAACAAAGUCAGUGAGCGGACGACCUCUGCUGUCUACGUCAUCAUCCGUGGGAAAACGAACUACGUCACAGACCAACAGGAGAACGUUCAUGACGUCACUACCCUCCAGAAAUGUACUUUUGUUCUUGAUUUUGUUGGCCGCUCUGGUCACGGCUACCAUCGUGAUCGUGAUAGUAAUGACGUCGUCAGAACACCCGAUGUCAUCCAGUUUAACAAAUGAUGAGUGCGAAGUUUUUAAGACGGUCCCAAUAGAUUCUACAGCCAACGGUCACGUGAGCUGUUCUGGGACGCUCCAAGUAUCAGAAGGGUGCGUUUCUGAAACAGUGGGUGCGUGGACGGUAUUUUACAACGUAUCACAAGAUUGGAACCGGAGUCUCACAUACAUACCCAAGGAAAUCCACAGCUUUAGCUCAAUCGUUGUGUCUCCACCAUAUAAGCUGUCACCCCAGGUAUGUUCACUGCAGCUGUCUUGCAGUUUCGCUUCUGCUUCAAAACUGCGGGCGUUUCUAGUAGAUGGCAACGUCACCAAGCCCAUUGUGAUGUCAGAGGACCAGUGUCAUUAUGGAUAUACAGAAGACAUGCAGUUUUUAUCUAGUCACUCAUCUUUACGAGUUAUCGUCGUCUCGAAUUCGAAGAUCGAACUCGGUGGUUCCUCGGCCACUGUGGGGUUCAAAAGACCGGGUGCGUGAAGUACCAGAUGUUGGCCAUAGUCCCCCGACCGCCCACGUCACGACCUUAUUUUGCAUACGUGGGCCUCGGCAAAAAAGACGUCUGCACUGUCGAGAUACACAACAGUACAUCAGUAGACUGUAGGUGGUGGAACGUGGGCGAAAUAGACAACGGGGAGUUCGUUCGCUCCGAAGCUGACUCAUGCAUGUCGCAGGGGGCGCCUUCACAGAACCCCCAUGCCACGUGGUUUCUUCUGAUGACGCCUGAUGACGUAGACAAACGUGCUUACGUCAUAUCGCCCAAAAUGCAAGGCGGAGUAAGUCACUUAAUCCUAUCGCUGUGGUACGCCAUAAAAUGCGACGGUAGCUUUUUACGCGCCUACGUCAUCCGCUCGAUACGCGAUAUUCGGACUGUGACGUCACAAUCGGAGUACCUUUUAGAGAUCAAAGGUUUGAAGACGACGAUCCAUUGGAAAUUCGAGUCUUUUCAACUUGCGAUACCAACCAACUUCGAAACUUU